AUGAAACUCUGCGUCAACGCGCCUUGCGUAAGGACUGCCUAUAUACCCGUAAUAAGGACAUCCGUCCAUACGGAGUCCUUACGAGUCCUUACGAAGACCGCUCUCGUGGCCUCCCAGACAGCCUUUUCGAAAGGCUCCGAGGGUCAGAAAGAGUGCAAAAGGUUGGGCUCGGGGGACGACGACGGACUGACACAUUUGAGGGCAUGGCGAAAGAAUGGGGCUCGCGAUUCGCAAUGGGGUUUGGUGAAGGUCCGAGGGAAGCGAUGGCCGUCGUCGAGUGAGGCUGUUGGAACGUCCAAGAAUGAAUAUAAAAGACGCAAAUCGGCCAACGUGCGCCGGAACGACAUCGCUCGCUCGCAUGCGAGAACGAGCGAGCAGCGAGCGGAGCUCGAGGACUUGUUUUCGAGGGCGAGACGGAGAGUUGGGCAAAGAUACGGGCGGACAAAAGCGGCCGGAGUCGACGAUUGUCGACCGCGUCACGAGAUACUGCAGCCGCCUUCUUCUUCUGCUGAUGCUGCUGCUGCUUCGGGUGAUUCUGCUGGUUUUGGUGCGAGGAUUGUGGCCCACCAGGGCAUGACCCACCCACCGGCAGCGGUCGCGCGCUUUAUGGAUUGA